AUGCUCGGUUCGAUCUUUCGAUUUGAAAGUGUCCACUACGACAAAGAACAGCAAAUCUGGAUGGCUGAUUUAGAUUUAUGCAACGAAGAUGACCAUGAUUUGAAACAAGUGUUUGGCUAUAUGAAGAAAGAAAUGAGGAGCGAAACUACUCUCAUUUCACUUGGAAAUUUGUUGUAUAAGAUGGGUGAAUUGGACAAGGCCGAAAAAUAUUAUAAACGAUUGUUAAAUGAGCUGCUAGUGGGUGAUUCUGAUAUUGCUUUGUGUUACACAGGACUGGGUCUUGUACACCAGGACAAAGGUGAAUAUGAUUUAGCUUUGAUGAAUUAUGAAAAAGCAUUGAAAAUCCAAUUAAAAGCUCUUCCACCCGAUCACCCUGUUAUCGCCUCAUCAUAUAACAAUAUGGGUCUUGUACACGGGGACAAAGGUGAAUAUGAUUUAGCUUUGAUGAAUUAUGAAAAAGCAUUGAAAAUCCGAGUAAAAGCUCUUCCACCCGAUCACCCUGAUAUCGCCUCAACAUAUAACAAUAUGGGUCUUGUACACUGGUACAAAGGUGAAUAUGAUUUAGCUUUGAUGAAUUAUGAAAAAGCAUUGAAAAUCCAAUUAAAAGCUCUUCCACCCGAUCACCCUUAUAUCGCCUCAACAUAUAACAAUAUGGGUAUUGUACACGGGGACAAAGGUGAAUAUGAUUUAGCUUUGAUGAAUUAUGAAAAAGCAUUGAAAAUCCAAUUAAAAGCUCUUCCACCCGAUCAUCCUUCACUCGCCUCAACAUACCGUAAUAUAGGACUCCUGCAUGAAGGAAUUCGUAUGUGGCAAUCAGCGUUAGAAUAUUAUAACAAAGCAGCUGCAAUAAGACGCAAAUCACUUCCAACAACGCAUCCACAGCUGGUAACGACUGAGAACGACAUUCUAAGAGUAAAAGCUCUGAUAAAGUAG